AUCCGGGUGUCUGCGGCUGCGGCGGCGGCGGCGGCGGCUGCGGGGUAGGGGUCGCGGCCAAGAUCGGGCCGCAGCGAGUUCGGAGGCGGAAGGCCCGCGGGCAGCGCCCCCCACGCCAGGCGACCCCCAGGAAGGGCGCUCCCCCCGCCCCGCACCUCCGCAUCGCAGCAGGAGGCUUCCUGCCAAGAUGGCGUCGGCUGGAGACCCCCCGACAGGCCCCCGGGAUGCCGCAGACCAGAACUUCGACUACAUGUUCAAGCUGCUGCUCAUAGGCAACAGCAGCGUGGGGAAGACGUCCUUCUUGUUCCGGUACGCCGACGACUCCUUCACGCCUGCCUUCGUCAGCACCGUGGGCAUCGACUUCAAGGUCAAGACCGUCUACCGCCACGACAAACGGAUCAAGCUGCAGAUCUGGGACACGGCGGGCCAGGAGCGCUACCGGACCAUCACCACAGCCUACUACCGCGGGGCCAUGGGCUUCCUCCUCAUGUACGACAUCGCCAAUCAGGAGUCCUUCACCGCCGUGCAGGACUGGGCCACGCAGAUCAAGACCUACUCUUGGGACAACGCCCAGGUUAUCCUUGUGGGGAACAAGUGUGACUUAGAGGACGAGCGUGUCGUGCCCACCGAGGAUGGCCGGAGGCUCGCCGAUGACCUUGGUUUCGAGUUCUUCGAGGCCAGCGCCAAGGAGAACGUCAAUGUGAAGCAGGUCUUCGAGCGCCUGGUGGAUGUCAUCUGCGAGAAGAUGAAUGAGUCCCUGGAACCCAGCUCCAGCCCAGGCAGCAAUGGAAAAGGCCCGGCCUUGGGGGACACCCCACCUCCCCAGCCCAGCGGCUGCAGCUGCUAGAGAUGCUCCCCAACCCUCCCCCGCCCCCCGCUGCCUCAGCAGGGACUGUGACCGAGGCAUGAGCCACAAGGGCUAUUUCCAAGCUCAGGGUGCCCCCUGCCCCCGCUCAGCUGUCAGCUGCCCUCCUCUCCCGCAUGACUCAUCCUCGCCAUGGCCACCAGCCUGCUCAUGCAGCCCCGUCCCAGGCUCCAGGCCCUGGGGACUCCGCACUGCAGGCAGGGUCUGGGGACACUGGCGUGCACGAGCUUGCUGCUUUUCAGGUGUUCUCAUGGGGGAACAUGGGCAGCACGCCCCGCCUGAUGGAGGGGCAGCCACAGUGCCUUCUGGUAAGAACCACUCCCCACGUCCAUUCCAUGUCGGCGUCGCUUGGAGUUCACGGGCUGCCCGGAGAUGCCUCGUCUUCUCCCUCAUGCAGUGCGGCUUCCCAGAGUUCACCCCUGGGGAUGGGGAAGGCGGCUGCUUUCUCAGGGUCCCUGGGUCUGCUCCCCGAGCCUGCCCGUGAACUUCCCAGACCUCAGGGCUCCAGGGCGGGGUGAUGAUUUUGGCCCUCGCAGACCCCUCCCUCCUGGCCUGCAAACCCUCUACCUGUGAACGCAGUAUUAAAGUAGCUUUUCUUGUUGUAAGGGGACAGGGAGUCCGAGCCCCCCGAGAUUCAGGGGCCCCAGAAGUGCCUUCUGAGUUUCCCCAGAAUUCCACAUCCCCCACGACCUUGCCAUGGUUUCGGCUUCUCCUCUGCAUCCCAGGUCCAUAAUUGAAUUCUGGAACUGUGCGCCGCGUCGGGCCAGGCAGAGCAUCGCCCAACCCCUGGCAUUCCUGCUUGGGGCUUUUUGCCAGGUUAGCCUCAGAGCCAAGGGCCUGGGCCCUCCUGCCCAGACCUGCCUCCCCGGGGCCCCAUUUGGCCGGUCCUGUUUGAAGCAAGGUCUUUCCACAUCUCACAUCCUGCUAGCAAAGGAAAUGAAGCAAUGUCCCCGUAGCUGGCGCUCACUGGCGACUUUCCAAUGUAAAGACUUGGGCCCUUCUAACUGGGGGACCCAGUGUCCCCUUCCAGAGCUGUGUCAUCGGUGAGGCCCCACCACAUGACGUUUUCUGCUAAUGGGGGAGGAAUUUUCGGCUAAUUUUAAGGAAUGCUUUGGGGCUGGGCCGGAGGGGCGAGAAGAUGGCAUUGUGUAACUGCUGUUGUGGCUUGUGCUUCACAGAGGCAGUUCCGGGGGUACUGGCUGGUGGGGGAUGGGCUAGGGUCAGGUUCGCUGGUUGAGUUACCAUCGGGGAGCCCAUGAGGCUGGGGUCCCCCAGCUGCCAGGGGCUCCCGCUGGGAGGUUAUGUGCAGUUUGGGGAUCUACAUCUUGGCGACCCCCCACCCCCACCCCGGCAACCAGCUCAGGACCCUUCCUGCCCACCCAGCUCUCAACUCCAGGGGCAUGGCCCAGAACCCUAACUGACACCCCAUAACUCAGCAGACACUGUGAGGACAUCCCCGGUGGAUGCUUUGUGUUCCUAACUCCACUCUCCCAGCCUCCUCCCAACAAAACGACUUCCUGUGGCCUUGAAGAUCUCAGCCUCUUCCUUCGGGAGUGGGGAAGCCCUGGUUCAAGUGUAAUGUACGUCUUAUCUUUGUAGGAGCUCUAGAUUGCAUUUGUUUCAAGAGGGUCCCAUUCACCCCAUGCCAGGGGCCACCCUUAGAGCUUUAGAAUGAAGAUAUCUUUCUACGCCAACCAAUUGGAUGACGUGGUGAAAUGGACAAAUUCUUGGAAACAAAGUGGGGGUAUCUGAGCACUUGGGGUGGGUGUCAGAAAUGCUAGUUUCUUUGACGUAAAAGUGAAAUUAAGCAGCUAAAAUAGGGCUUCUUAAGAUGCACCAUGGCUUGUCAAGAUUCUGUUGGCCAGUCCGUUUCCCUUAAGCUGCUGCCAGAAAUAAUGGCAGAUCAGAGAGCUAUUCUCUGAGGGACCAGCUGACUUGUCAUUGCCUGUGCAAUAAAGAACAGCUUUGGCUGCAUCUUGGACCUGACCCAGCCUCAGCUUUCUCUUUACACAGGAUUUUUCAACAGUCGAGCUUCAAGUAGCGACAGAGACAGCUGCAUCUGGGUUCUCGAGACUGGGAAUAAUGUGGGAGCAUUUUGUUUGUUUGUUUCUUCUAAAAAUAAUGCAAGUUUUUAUUGUAUGAUGUUUUGAGGGGAGGGUUCACGAUGGUCUCUGGGGAACUGAAACCGAUGUCCUUGAAGAUGAUUGGGGGGGAUGGAGGUAUGUCGAGUUUGCAAACAAAAAUUAAACCAAAGGCCGUGGGAAAAUCACUUCCCAACUCCAGGGAGACUGAAGUCUGGAGAGAUCGCCUGAGGCUGAGAGCCAUCCUUUCUUACCAUGCGCUUUUAGCAGCUUGUUUUUCCACGUUAGAUUUGGUGGGAAAUUGCCAGACCGCAGUGGUUUGGGGUUCUGUUUCUCUUCUUUCUUUUUUUGGCUUCUCUGGGGAUCGUGUUCUUGUGUCUUACUCUCCUACUCCCCUUAAAGAAACAAAUCGGGUGAAUUUGGUCUCAGCGUUGAAGGCUAAUUCCGUUAACUGGCUUCUCCCCAACGAUCCCAGAACACUACGGAGCGAGCGCUCAACCUGGUCAUUCGUAUCCCGGAUGUGGUUCUCCUGUGUAAGCCGUUCUCUGAGGUCCACUUGUAAAAAGAUGUGCAUUUUUCUCCACAAGAAAAAACAAGUAAAGUGGUUAUACCCAAAGGC